AUGAAGAGAAGUAAAAAAGUUGAUUGUUUUUUCAAGAGGAAAAUUUGUGAGAGUGAAAGAGAUGAAGAAAUUAUAACUUCUACAUCUGAAACUAUCUCUGAGAAUCCAAGAAUUGAAGAAAAUGAAAAUUAUCUUUCCAAGGUUCAUAGAGUUUUUGAAGAUGACUUUAAGAAAUGUUUAGAACGUGACCCCAAAAAGCGCCCUCAAAUUUGGCAUUAUCCACCAAAUCAAUUGGAUGCAAUACAAAUAGCUUAUCUAAAAUUUGGUCCUUAUCAAAUUAAUUUAGAAGAAUAUCCUUUAUCUGGCAACGAGGUUCAUCCAAGACGGUUUCAAUAUGCUUGGUUUAACAUCUUUUCUUCAUGGCUAGAAUAUUCACCUUCUAAAGAUGUUGCAUAUUGCUUACCAUGUUAUUUGUUUAGCAAAAGACCAAGUGGAUGUCCCAUAUCAUAUGUCUUCAGUACAGGUAUUAGAAAUUGAAAGAAAAUUAAAAAUAGAAAAUAUUGUGCCUUUCUCAAACACAUAGGGAUGGAUCCUUGCUCACCACACAACAAUGCAAUGAAAGCUUGUCUAGACUUGUUGAAUCAAGUUGAACAUAUUAGGAAUAGUAUUCAAGUGCAAAGCUUGGAACAAAUUUUAAAGAAUCGAAUAUGUCUCGAGACAUCAAUUGACAUUGUUCAUUGGUUAACACUUCAAGCUAGUGCUUUUAGGGGACAUGAUGAAACCAACAGGUCAAGAAAUCAAGGCAAUUUUCUUCAAUUGAUAAAACUCCUGGCAACUUACAAUGAUGAAGUUGCAAAAGUUGUGUUGGAAAAUGCUCCAUCUAAUUUCAAGUAUACUUCACAUCAAACAAAAGAACUCUUUCAUAUUCUUUUUAGUAGUGUGAGAAAACAUAUUUGUGAAGAAAUUGGUAAUUCCAAAUUUUGCAUCGUUGUAGAUGAAGCUUGCGAUGAAUCAAAAAAGGAACAAAUCAAUUUUUUUUUUGUGGAACAUGUUAAAGACACUACAACUUUAACUCUGAAAGAAGAAGUAUGUGAUAUACUUUCUCAACAUAAUCUUGAUGUUUCUAACAGACGUGGUCAAGGGUAUGAUGGUUCUAGUAAUAUGAGAGGAAAAUAGAACGGUUUACAAGCACUAUUUAUGAAAUCUUGUCCUUAUGCAUACUAUGUCCAUUGUUUUGCUCAUCGAUUGUAACUUGCUUUGGUUACUGCAUCAAAAGAAGUUGUUCCAAUUCAUAAAUUUUUUGAGAAACUAACUUUUGUUGUUAAUGUUGUUUGUUCUUCUACUAACCGUCAUGAUGAGUUACAAGCUGCUCAAUUAGAAGAAAUUGCACAUUUGCUAGAAAUUGAUGAGAUUGUAACUAGUAAAGGUGGAAAUCAAAUUGAUACUUUGUAACGAGUUGAGGAUACUCAUUGUGGAUCACAUUUCUCUUCUAUUUGUAGCUUGAUGAUUUCUCUUCUAUUAUUGAUGAUUUCAAGUUAA